AUGGGUGGUGUUUUGUGGGCUGAAGACUGGUUUGAAAAAUGUUUAUUAACAAUUUAUGAUGCAACCUGGAUACAAGAACAAAUAAAACGACGUUACGAUCCAUUCGAUAUAUUUACGAAAACUACUGAUAAACAUUAUACACCGGAGAUACAUGUUCACGAGGAUUAUUUGAAAUAUUCCGAAUAUGAAAUAAAAGCGUUUGGUGGUACAGAAACAAUUGAUCCAAAAAAUUGGGCACAGUGGGUACCAACCGUUAAAUACCGUCCGAGACCAACAACCUAUGUUUUAAGACCAAUUUAUACUCUGUUACCAGUUAACAGCCCCUUACGUCAAAUAUUAAAACAAGCAACACAUGAGUAUCGUUCACAAUUAGAUAGUUCAGCCGAAGAAUAUAUUGAUGAAUUAAAGUCUAUUGCUGAUUCACCAUCAUCAAAAUAUUCAUUAACACCAAUACUGCCACCACCUGAACUAAAAAAUAAGGCUUGUAAAUGUGAUUUUUCUAUGUUAUGGCGUAUAGCGUUUCGAAAUUCUUACACAACUGGUCAAAAAUAA